AAUCAAUGAAACGGAAAGUGGAUAGAGAGGCCCACGCUCCUAUAUAGUGCGUGGGAAAGCAGAGGAGGCAGAGUCUCUGUGAUUUGGUUGGUGAGUGACGAGGACGCAGAUGGGUGAGGGAGUGGGGGAGGAGGUUUUGGAAACUUGUGGGUAUUGGGAAACUAAAAUCCCAAUUCAGAAAGCAAUAUUAAAAAGCCUGAAAGAUUAGUAAAAUUCAUGAAUAGGGCCGUACCGAAUCACUGAUAUGAUAUCCUGUUGAUAAAGAUGGAAUAAAAUUUCCAUUCUUGCUGCUGCCGUUUCUGCAUUUCAUCUCCUUUUCUUCUGGACAUUAGUUCAGUAGUCUUAUUCUUGUGUGUGUGUGUGUGUGUGUGUGAGAGAGAGAGAGAGAGAGAGAGAGAGAGAGAGAGGUGUUUGUGUGUUUGAUGACAAAUGCGGAGCUUCAAAGCAUCUCCUACCAACGCCGAAAUGUAUUACCAGUCACCCUUCUUCCUUCGUGGGGACGAGAGUAGCCGCAAUCAAUCGCGUUUUUCGGGUCUUGGAGAACUUGAACGGUCCGCUGCAUUCAAUCAUGACGAUACUGUUGAUUUAAGCAGAAGCUCCAUGCUUAGCUUGAGGUCGGGUAACAUCGCUGUUGUCUCUAGCAUACAAUUUGGGGGCUUGAACACGAACAUUGGUGCAUUGGACAUAGCUUCAUCAGCCGCGGGGGUAGAUGCAGGGGAGUUUAUGUUCCAGAGGGGGCUGAUGACAACCGCUACUACGGCCGCCCCUGCAUUAGCUAACGGCCAUUUUGAGAACUGGGGCGAGUCUGGCAUGGCGGAGAACAGUCAACAGACGGACACUUCCACAGAUGUUGACACAGAUGAUAAAAACCAAAAACAGUAUGCUGGAGUUCAUCAUGGAGCAGUUAUUGCUGUGGAUUCUUUGGAUCAACCCGAGGGAAAAGCUGGAGAUCAGAAGAUGCUUCGCAGGCUGGCUCAGAAUCGAGAAGCUGCACGGAAGAGUCGAUUAAGGAAGAAAGCAUAUGUCCAGCAGCUGGAGAAUAGCCGACUGAAGCUUACUCAACUAGAGCAAGAGCUUCAACGUGCACGCCAACAGGGUGUUUUUAUUGCAUCUGGAUAUUCAGGGGAUCAGAGCCACUCCCUGGGUGCAAAUGGGGCUUUAGCAUUUGAUAUAGACUAUGCACGCUGGGUUGAUGAACAUCAACGGUUGAUUAAUGACCUCAGAUCUGCUGUUAAUUCCCACAUGGGUGAUGAUGAGUUGCGCCUUCUUGUUGAUGGUGUUAUGACACAUUAUGAUGAGGUAUUCAGGCUAAAAGGCGUAGGUGCAAAAUCUGAUGUGUUUCACAUGCUUUCUGGCAUGUGGAAGACUCCGGCAGAAAGGUUUUUCAUGUGGUUGGGUGGAUUCCGCUCAUCGGAACUUCUCAAGAUACUUGGGAACCAUCUUGAACCUUUGACAGAUCAACAGUUGAUGGGUAUAUGUAAUCUACAGCAGUCCUCCCAACAGGCCGAGGAUGCCUUGUCCCAAGGAAUGGAAGCUUUGCAGCAAUCUCUUGUAGAGACGCUGUCCUCCACCUCUCUGAGGCCUACGGGUUCUGGGGAUGUUGCUGACUACAUGGGUCAAAUGGCAAUCGCAAUGGGUAAACUGGCCACACUUGAGAACUUCAUUCACCAGGCCGACCUUUUGAGGCAGCAAACGUUGCAACAAAUGCACCGAAUUUUAACCACCCGACAAGCUGCUCGUGCUCUUCUUGUUAUCAGUGAUUAUGUUUCACGUCUUCAAGCACUCAGUUCUUUAUGGUUGGCACGCCCUAGAGAUUGAUUUUUUCCAUCCGCACAACCUACCAAAAAAAUUGAAGAGCUAAUUUACUGGUCGAGUUUUCGGGACCAAGAUGAUGGUGAGCCAGCAUUUGGGCUUUCCUGCUGCCGUUGUUUUGCCCAUGGUUGUGUGAAGCUUCAUAAAAAAGUAUGUUGUCUCGGAAACAUGUAAUGCUAAGUGCCGGUAUCUAAGUUGUAAUUAAUUACAAAAUGUUGUAAUUAAGUCUAGUCGAUGAACUGAUAAGUAAAAAUUAUAAUUAUUAUGGGGUAUCAACCAAAUCUAUAUUUAGUUAAUCCAAUCUCUAUUAUUAUCU